UCAGCUCAGCGUGCAACUGAAAGUGACAGAUCUGAAAGGAGAAGGAAAGCGAUUUUUAAAAAGUUGAACGUAGAAUCAAACUUUGGUUUAAAAUACUUUCUUUUUCACACUGGACACAAUUUGAAAAAGUGCCGCGCGCAAGGUUCUGCCAGUUCCUGAAAAUGUGCAUUCCCGUCUGAGUGCUCCCCUCUUUCCAAGUGGCCAACGUCGUGGUGGAGGAAUCUGCCAUCGUCGUCGAAAGUGAGCCCACUUUUUUUUCGUGGCAGCUCCUCCACAAGUCGAGGGAGCGAAAAAAAGGACCAUAAUUUAAUCUUGAGGCGAAUUGCAACGACGCGGAUUUUCGGAAGAGUGUGUGCCAGGACCAGACCGAUUCUCAACCAUGACGAGCAUGGAGCACGAGGCAAUCAAACUGGGGCCGGGCCACAACCCACAGGAUCUGGAACUGGAGGAGGGCGAGGUCAGCGACGAAAGCGACGACGGGUACACGCCACUGCAGCGGCCCGAGCUAGCAACGAUUCCCCGGACGGAGUUCGCCGGUGGAGCGAGCGUCAGUCAGGCCCGCAAUCAGAUGGACAUUAUCCUUUCGGACCAGGACGAUCUGAAUGACGACGAUGACGUUCCAAGCUCGGAUGAUGACGACGACAGCGAUCUGGAAGCCGGUGGCGCGUUCGGCAAACGGAUGCGAACAAACAAUGACCGCAAGCUGCGGAUAAAACCCCCGCUGGAGAAGAUUCCCCCACCGAGGCAGGGCAACAGUCGCGGUGGCGUCGGUUGCAGUGGCCUCUCCAGCAGCGUCCCCAACAAGUACAACGUUUGGACGGAGAGCUUGCAGGAGGACACGCUGAUGGAGACGAUGCGCGGGUGUGACGUCACGCUGAACGGCAUGCGGAACCGGGACGUGGAGUCGUACGAUUACAGCUUGAAGUACCGGAUGAACGGGGGGAACGCGUACCACAGAGCGCUCAAGCGGCGCCAGUCCAACUCGGACGAUUCGGACGGGUUCGGGGGCGGAAAGCGCUUCCGGUCGACGUCCUUCGGCGGGGUCAGCUGCGGCGUCAUGCGGGAACAGCGCAAAAGUGCCAAGCUGCGGCUGGGCAAACGGAACAGCAGCGACGAAAGCCAGGACAGCUUCCAGAACGCACCGAGAUUUGCUUCCAGGCACAUCCUAGAUCUGAACGUGGCGGACGGCUGCACGUACGAGGUGUUUGCGGCGGAGCUGGCCCGCAAGCUGUGCGAGGAGAAGGACGAUCUGAUGUUACGAGUCGUUAACGUCCUAGGCAAGGAGAUACCAGCGAAGCUGUUCAAAGAAACGCAAAAGAUCGAAGCCGACGGAGGAAUGCUAAUCAUGAACGGAGCCCGUCGCCGAACGCCCGGCGGCGUCUUCCUCUUCCUCCUGAAGCACAACGAGGAGAUCGACAAGGACGACAAGCGGUCCAUCUUCCUCGAGGAGAAGAAGGCCGCCAUCAAGGAGCGCAAGGUGUCCCAGGCCGUUAAUCGCGGCCGUGCCGUCGAGGAGCUAAAGGCCACCCUAAAAGCGGCCGAUAACGAGCUACACACGCGCGGUGACCUGCUGCUGGUGGGCCACAUGCUCAAGCCCGAGACGCACAGCACUCUAUCAAACCCACCUCCGUCACCGGUGGGCGACGAAAAUCGCGAGGGUAGUCCAGAUUUUCAUCCCCAGAACGUGCACGUGAACGUGACGAGUCCGGAGAAACCCCACGACGAUCCGAAGGAGCAGCUUCACCACCACCACCACCACGAUCCGGCGUCGAUUCCGCAGAGCUCCUCACACCAGCAGCAGCAGAACCCGAACCCAACGCCGCAGCCGGGACAGGCCCCGCUGGCGAGUUACGACGACGACUUUCUGGACAUGACCUGCGACGAUAUGGAUUUGUUUUAGCUGCUGGACUGGCUGUGGCCGUGGAGGGUGGUGAGUUUCGAACAAAUCACAGUGUUUGUCUGUACAGAAGCGGCGGCGGAAUCGGAUCGGAAGGACAACGGAGGUGGGUGGUGCGAAAUUGUUGGGAGUGUUUGAGAGCGUGAGCGGGGUGUGAGCGUAUGCGUGAGUAUUUGCGUGCGGAAUGUGUGCCAAUAGUCGAAGCGAAUCGCGAAAAGUG